CUUGGGUGGGCUCCCUCUCAAUGGGGAUGAUCUUCUUCUGCUCUCCCAUCGUCAGCGUCUUCACUGACAUCUUCGGCUGCAGAAUCACGGCGGUGGGCGGUGCAGCUGUCGGCCUAGUCGGCCUGCUCGCCAGCUCCUUUGUUAAAUCUCUUGGGGUCAUGUACUUCACCUACGGCAUCGUGUUUGCCUGCGGCUGCUCGUUUGCCUACCAGCCCAGUCUGGUCAUCCUGGGUCACUACUUUAAAAAGCGCCUGGGUCUGGUGAACGGCAUAGUGACGGCCGGCAGCAGCAUCUUCACCAUCACCCUGCCCUUCCUCCUGUCCAGCCUGCUUGACAAGGUGGGCCUGCAGAACACCAUGCGCAUCCUCUGCAUCUUCAUGUUUGUGUUGAUGCUGGCUGGCUUCACCUAUAGACCUCUGCUGCCCACCAAACCCUCCAGUUCACAAUCAGGAAAGUUGCGCAUGAGCAAGAUCUUCAACAGGAACAUCUGGAAGUCUGUGGGAUAUCGCAUCUGGGCAUUUGGUAUACCAGCAGCCCUCUAUGGAUACUUUGUACCGUAUGUUCACCUGGUUUCCUGAGGGACAAACUGGGGAGCUACGACAUGGCCUUCUACCUGGCGGGGAUCCCUCCCAUCAUCGGAGGCAUCCUGCUGUGUCUGAUCCCCUGGGUGGAGGCCCGCCACAGGAGGAAGGACAAGGAGGCCCAGAGCAAGGAGCAGGGUGCGGAUCAGAAGAUGAUAGAACACCAGAAGCCUCAGGAGGACGUCAAAAACAAAGAUGGAGACUCUGUCCUCUAAAGCUGCCCAUCGAACUGAGAGACACUCAUCGGGUCAGGCUGACCGCCAGUAUUAUUCUGUUCUUAGCCAAAAAUAUAAACUGGUAACGCCAGCCUUCACUUCAAACCAAAAACAACAUAUCAACGCCAAAUGUCUUAGAGUGCAAGAUGAACGAGCUCCUAAAGAGGCUGAGCUCCCAGCAGGCUGACACCUGCACGUUUUUAUCACCUUAUACUCGUUAAAAAGCUGCUAAUUAGGUCUUUAGUCAAAACCCCACAGGAUCCCCUGGAGUCCCUGCAGCUGGUAGAACCCUGCAGUUCUCUCACCAAUGAUGUAGCUUCAGAUGUGCUGAAAACACCAACCUUUUAAAUUUCAGUUUGUUGUUCUGUCAUGAAUGAGACGAGGUUUGACCCGUUCAGUCUGACAGCAGCAGAUCUGUGGCCCGUCGGUUCUACAGGGACUUUUACUUCUUAUCACUUAUCAUUUCAGAGAAGAACAAGCUUUGUGUUAAUCUUUGAUGGUGGGAUUAUUGAGCCAGAGUUGCUGACUCAGCCUCUCAGGUGACGGCGCUGUCUCUGAUCCAGGUAAUCUGAUCCUCUCUGGACCUUAGACCGGUCCGGCACACAUGGAUUUAUGACCCAGAACAAGAGAUGAGCGUCGAAUCAUUCGUCCCUCCAUUUCCUUUAAUGUGGAUUAAAGGUUAGCUUUACACAAAUUAAGAAAAAUGACAGCAAUUAAUUAUUUAUUAGAAUGAAAACUAAACAACAAUCUAGAAGAUUUGUAAUAAUCUGGUGUUAUGACCCAUUCUGUGCCUGAAACCAGCUUAGUGUUUGACUUUCAUGUGUUUAAAGUUUAACAGGAAUAAAAAAAUACAUUUCAACUUUAAA